CGAGAAUUGCACAAAGCGCAAUGUAUGUGCGCCAUUGCUGUGGAGAAGAGCUACGAAAAGUUCUAUCAAAGUAUAUUCGGUUUUCACGUUACAAACCGACUUUAAAUGCAGAAUAACGUAACAGAAUUAACACACAGAUUGCUACGUUCACUGGACAGUAAUUAUAAUGUCAUCGAUAUGCCUGCAGUCAUUGAAAUCAUAUCCCUAUUGGAAAAAGUGGCUAUUACCAAAGAAUUAUUGGAGACCACCAGAUUGGGCAAAUACAUAAACGAAUUAAGAAAGAAGACUACAAAUGAAGCCUUAUCAAAGAGAGCAAAAGAAUUAGUUAAAAAAUGGAGAAAUGCCGUUUUACCUGAAUCCAAUGGUCAGUUAAAACAAAGUCCGCCUUUGCCACAAGCCGUAAUCCUGUCAUCCGCCUUACCCGUAAGCCAGGAAGAUGUAAAUUUAAACCAGAUAAAAGCGAAGAAGCGACCAGCAAAGGAAGCACUAGACAAUAUAAACAGUAAGAGGAUUAAGUUAAAUGGAGGCAUAUCAGAGUUAGACUUUUCUGAUAACUCCAAUUCGAGUUUUAAAGAUGUGAUAGCUACUGUAAAAACGGAACCAAAACGUGAUGUGAUUAUUAUUAAUUCAGAUUCGAAUUCUAGUAUGCCAGAAAAACACGAUCCGCCGUUAGAUCAACAGUUGCCCAAGAAGAGAGGCAGGAAAAAAGGAUCGAAGAACCACAGGUCUCUACUGGAUGAGGCCGAAAGUUCCUUUACUAGCAAAUUAGCCGUUUCGAGGGGAAAUUCCAAAGUGAAAACAACCCAGGAGUUGGUCGCCAGUUUGCAGAGCAGGAAUUCGAGUUCCGUGUUAAAUUCCUUGGUGAAACCUAAAGAAGAUCUGACUGAGAAAGCAGCUAAGCUCACCGAACGCGUCUCUAUUAUUGACCAACAGCUGAAUACCAAUGCCAACAGAAAUAAAAGUUCUCAACGCAACAAGUUCAAAUUCGAGAAGAACGAGAGGGUGAUAGAAUCUGGAUCUGUGAUCAACGAUAAAAGCCUUCUAAUUAAAAAAGAGGAGGAGGACUCCGUUGUUGUGGACGCCGAAGAGGAAGAAGAUGAAGACGAGGAUCCGCACGAAGCAAAAGAAGAAUCCCAAACAAAAGUUAAAGAAGAGAGUCAAGAGACUGAAAACUUAAAUUUCGUUUCCGCCCUAAGUGUGGAAGACGCCUUGGCCCAGCUUCCCCCAAUUGACAAGUCAGUUCUCUUAGAAGAUGACGAAGUACAGUGUACCUGCAUUCUCAAAGAGAACAAAUCAGAUUUCUCGGUGGAGGAAGAAGCAGAAAUCGACUUGGAACACAAGUUCGAGUUCGUGGAAGAUCACAACUGCCAAGCCAAGUAUAAAUUAAGGGAAACCUACCACUUGGACCACGUGACCGACGAGAUGGUCGAAAGAUUACACAAUACCCUGAUACCAAAUGUAAAUGGUAACUCCAGCAUGGGGCCCCCAGCGCCUGAGCCCGUCAUGCAAGAGAAUGGAUUGUAUGUGAAUGUAGUGCCUAAUGUAAAUAUAGAAAGUAUACCUAAAAAUGUGAAAAACUUUGCAGGUGAAAAUUUUAGUAGGUAUAGUUUCUCAGAGACGCCGGAAGUGAAGCAAGAGCCUGAGGAACGGACAGGAGGUGAUGUGUAUACUAGUGAUAAUAAAUGUUUUAGAGAAUGGCACGAGGUCACUGACACUACCUCGUACCAAGGUGAAAUUUUUAAAAUUUUGCCCUAUGUUAUUAUCGAUUGA